AUGGAAGGAAUGUUCAUCCCUCUAUGGCCAAGAUUUUCAUCGGCCUACAUUGGAUCCAACCAUGGCGAACAACCGCAACCUGAGUCGGGUGUCGGUCGCGGAAACGGCAUACGAACUAGGAACCUUGAUGAGGGAAGAAGAUCAGACAAAGUUCCUUGGUGUGAUCACUGCAAACACGAAUUACAUACACGUGAAACUUGUUGGAAGCUCAAAGGCAAACCUCCUAAGUGGAAGAAGAAAAAUGGUCGUGCAUUUCAUGCUAGUAAUUCUGAUCAAGGGCAACAACCUUCUCAGUCUCAGUUUUCACUCACUACGGAGCAACUGGACAGACUGUACAAACUCCUUGAGUCUUCAAUCCCUUCUUACUCUAUAGCAGCAAAAGGUAAUUAUGCAUUUCUUAGUGUCAGUCCUAGUCAUACUUGGAUAGUAGAUUCAGGUGCCUCCGAUCACACGACAGGUGAAUCUAAUUUGUUCUCUUCAUAUAGUCCAUGUGCAGGUAAAGGGUCAGUUGUGUUGUCUCCAAUGUUAACUCUUAAAAAUGUCCUUCAUGAUUUGAACUCGGGGAAGAUGAUUGGCAGUGCUAAGGAGAGUGGAGGACUCUACUACCUUGACAUUGGAUCUGCAUCACAACUACCUUCAAAAACAAUAAAUUCCUGCUUUGAGUCCUUUUCUGUUUUGAAUAAUAAAGAUGACAACAUUAUGCCUUAUAAACCAUCAAAACCUUUUUCCAUUAUUCAUAGUGAUGUUUGGGGCCCUAAUCGUACAAGUACACUCUCUCUCAAACAAUGGUUUAUCACAUUUAUAGAUGAUCAUACAAGAAACCAAUUUCAAACAAAUAUCCAAGUCUUUAGAAGUGAUAAUGGCAAAGAAUAUUCUAACACUAUCUUGGUAUCACAAAAUUCUGAGAUUUUUACACCUGCACCAAAAGAAAAUGGCCAUGAUUUUUUAUCUGAUCCUACCCCUGUUAUGAGUAAGGAAUCUUGUGAAUCUGAGCCUACAUUUUCUCUAGUAGAAAACAAUGAGAAUCCUGAAAAUGAUGAUAAUGAUGAUCUAAUUGAAAUGCCACAAAAUAAUGAGUCAUUUCAACAAAACAAAAAUGAGUUAGGAAACAAGACUUGGAAAGGAAAGGUUUUUGUGAAAAAGCACCAUAAAGGAAAGGACCAGCCCACAUCUCAACACUGCCAGGAAUCUAAACCAGGGAAUAAUCAAUUUCCUAACAUAAGAAAAGGUAAGUCUAUCUCUGUUUCUGAGAGUUGUAUUUUGUAUCCUGAUAUAGAUGAACCUGUUGCCAUUAGAAAACCUGUCAGAUCUUCCACUAAACAUCCCAUGUCAAAUUUUAUAUCAUAUUCAAAUUUGUCUUCAUCUAUGUCUGCCUUCACUUCAAAAUUGUCUAGUGUAGAAAUUCCAAAAAAUGUACAGGUUUUUCUAGAAAUUCCAAAGUGA